UAACAUAGACCCAGAAUUCAAAUAUUGCAGAACUGAACCCUUGUAACAGUAAAGCUCAUUACCACAUUCUUUUAGCAACCAUUUUAAGUGAUCAUUCAAUGCGCGCUUCGCAAGUGUUCGCGGUUCGACCAAUGCGCGUGCGCUAAGUGUUCAAAAUGGAUUAUUCUGCGUCGCUUUUGUUAUCUGUGCCUGAGUGCCGACAGUGUGGAGUGAUCCCACAUUCAUUUGUGGUAGAAUAUUCGCCUGGUUUGAAUAGUCCUAGCUUCACGGUCUGCAGAGUUUUUGCCUAUCACGUGACAUGAUGUCCACAAGGCUCGUUCUAACAUUAUGCAUGGUCUCCUGGUGCUUGGGGACAACCACGGAUGAUUGGUCUAUAGACCCUUCCAAUGUCGAUGGCAUAGCUGACUAUGAAGUGUUUCUCGGGAAGCCAGAUCCGCAGAGCCCUGCCCCCAUGGAAGCAAGAGCCUUAUUAACAAAGCAAGCAGGAAAUGUGCCAGCAACAAAACCCUGUGGCAGAUACGUCCUUCAACCGGGGGGUGUAAUGUAUGUGAAGUCGAUGAAAUACCCACAGAGGUAUCCCAGACACUACAUGUGCAGAUGGGUCUUGAAGGGUGCUACUGAUGCUACGAGAAUAACGGUUGCUUGCGAUGAUUUCAUCUUAGGAGACUGUAGGACUAGCUCUCUCACAAUUGCUGACCAGUUCUAUAGCAGAAGUUUCUGUGGAAAUGUCAGAAAAAUCAAGAAGACCAGUUUGAGUAGCAACCUGAGGCUAAUCUUCAAAACUGGUCAAGUGACAGAGAAGACUGGGAGGUUCUUGUGCAGAAUUUCAGCCUCAGGUGUGAUGACUCCAACAGUAGCACCAGCAACUGAAAUACCCCCGUCUGCCUGCAAAUGUGGCAUAGUAAACCGUGGAUCAACAGUUGCGGGUGAAGUGGCGAUACACGAAUAUCCUUGGCAAGUGGGUUUAGUCUCAUCGUCCAGCUCCAACAACAAGCCAUUCUGUGGAGGCUCCAUCAUCUCUACCGAGUGGAUUCUGACAGCCGCUCACUGCGUCCAGGCGGAGAGUUUUGCUUCCAUGCGUGUCGUCAUAGGCGAGCACAACUGGAACGAUACGACAGAGACCACUAUUGCACAACGUAGAGCCAUAGUUCAGAUAAUGGUGCAUCCAGAUUUCGAUUCUACCACACUGAACAGCGACUUGGCUUUGGUCAAACUGGCAUCGCCAAUCAACUUCCCAAUUGAUAAUAUAAUCGCUCCCGUGUGUCUUCCAUCAACUAAUAAUCUUUAUAGUAAUGUGAAAGCCACGAUCACUGGCUGGGGACUAUCACAAGGUGUGUUACGUGAAUUUAACGUAACAACAAUGACCAAUUCGGAAUGCAGUACACUUACGAACGGCAUUAACGCGAACGAGAUCUGCAUCAGGCCUGAGACUGGAAAGGACCCAUGUCAGGGUAACUCCGGAGGACCAAUGAUCACUGCAACCAACGCAGGCAGAAACAUGAUUCAGAUAGGAGUCAUGUCUUCAGAUUAUGACUGUAGUAGAGCAAGCAGUCCUGGAGUACUCACAAGAGUUAAUAAUUACCUUGCAUGGAUACAGCAAAUGACAACUGGAACAGCGUCCUGUCCACCAGUUUAGACAGAGGAACACUAAAACUGGAAUUUAUCAAUAUCAAGUUAAGAGGGGGAAGCUAUAUCAACGUGUCUUUUCUGUUCGAAUGUGGUACUAUAAUUGCCAGGCGCAAAAUCACUACUUAUUUUGUAAUGAAUUUGAGGAAUGGUAUUCUUAAUACUGAUGAUUUCACUUCAAUAUUACUCCAAUCAAUAGAGCAUUUCUAACAUAUAUGGUAAUCCAUGUUGAAAGUCUAAAGAAAUGUUACUUUAAUGAAAAAAUGUGCCUUUCCUUUUACAUAAAAAUGGAUGUUAUCAAAGCACUUCGUGAAUGAUUUACCAAUAAGCAAGGGGAUCUUUCCUAGACAGUGACCUCCACGGGUUUUAACCCGGUACGUAUCCACCUUUGCGGUGUGUUUAGUACAAGCCCGUUGGGGGUUACCGUAAAAACGUAAACAAAAGACUGUAAAUAUCUUAAAAAUAAUGGCCUCCAAGAGAUAUUAGUCUUAGAUAACGACCACCUAAAAUCCUUGGGAGUCAUUAUCAAUUGCUAAGUAGGUUCUAAACUGAUUUACACUUUCAAGCGAUAAUUUUGAACCCAAAACCAUUUUGACCCACAUGUUUAUCUGUAUUUUUUUUUUUUUUAUCUUAUAGGGUACGGUAAAUAUUGAAGAGGUGCAAAAGAAUCAGUGUGAUGUCCCAUUGUUUUAUUAUUUAGAAUUUGUCCCACUGGGAGGCAUCACAUAAAAUUAUGCAUUACAUGCCACCCUGUAGAUGAUAGUACUCGUAAAGUGACCCUAGUAGCAGAGUGUCCUUUCAGCCCGUGCUACGCUGUUUCCUUAAUUUUUACUUUCAUAAGCUCUCUUCAGUCUAAUAAUAUGUAGCUGUCUGUCUGUCUUAAACUUCCC